AACGCAAGUCUGCAGCCGGGGAGCUCACAGUUCCUCCAAACUGCUCAGCCCUGAGGAGUGAGCCAGGAGCCGGGGAGCAGAGCCCUAAGCCAGAGCCCAGCCCGGAGGCCAUUUGAUCGCUGCCCUUGGACACCAUGGAUUUGCAUCUGUUUGACUACUCGGAACCGGGGAACUUCUCCGACAUCAGCUGGCCGUGCAACAGCAGCGACUGCUUCGUGGUGGACACGGUCACGUGCCCCAACAUGGCCAACAAAAGCGUGCUGCUGUACACGCUGUCCUUCAUCUACAUCUUCAUCUUCGUGAUGGGCAUGAUUGCGAACUCCGUGGUGGUCUGGGUGAACAUCCGGGCCAAGACCACGGGCUACGACACGCACUGCUACAUCUUAAACCUGGCCAUCGCCGACCUGUGUGUGGUGGUCACCAUCCCCGUGUGGGUGGUCAGCCUCGUGCAGCACAACCAGUGGCCCAUGGGAGAACUCACGUGCAAGGUCACUCACCUCAUCUUCUCCAUCAAUCUCUUUGGAAGCAUCUUCUUCCUCACAUGCAUGAGCGUGGACCGCUACCUGUCCGUCACCUACUUCACCAACACCUCGAGCCACAAGAAGAAGACGGCUCGCCGCAUCGUCUGUGUCCUGGUGUGGCUGCUGGCAUUCUGCGUGUCCCUGCCCGACACCUACUACCUGAAGACAGUCACGUCUGCGUCCAACAACGAGACCUACUGCCGGUCCUUCUACCCCGAGCACAGUGUCAAGGAGUGGCUGAUCAGCAUGGAGCUGUUGUCUGUGAUCUUGGGCUUUAUCGUCCCUUUCUGCAUCAUCGCCGUCUUCUACUUCCUGCUGGCCAGAGCCAUCUCGGCCUCCAGCGACCAGGAGAAGCACAGCAGCCGGAAAAUCAUCUUCUCCUACGUGCUGGUGUUCCUGGCGUGCUGGCUGCCUUACCACGUCGUGGUGCUGCUGGACGUGUGCUCCAUCCUGCACUACAUCCCGUUCACCUGCCAGCUGGAGAACUUCCUGUUCACGGCCCUGCACGUCACGCAGUGCCUGUCCCUGGUGCACUGCUGCGUCAACCCCGUGCUCUACAGCUUCAUCAAUCGCAACUACAGGUACGAGCUGAUGAAGGCCUUCAUCUUCAAGUACUCGGCCAAGACGGGCCUCACCAAGCUCAUCGACGCCUCCCGGCUGUCGGACACGGAGUACUCCGCGCUGGAGCAAAACACCAAGUGAUGGGCGCGCAGAGCGUCCGGGACACGUGCGUGGGUUUUUCCACAGCGCCCUGAGCCGCCUCGCUCCCAAGAGGAAAGCAGAGGGGCUUCGGGCCUUGACGCCUGAGUAGCGUGACGAGCGGAUCGCAUGUCGCAGUGCAUCCUUUCUUUCUCGUGCAUUGUGGCGGUCACGUCACGCGGGGCUGUGCCGCUCGGCCACUACCGCGCGUCAAAGCCGGCAGUGGGGCGGGCUUGCCUACACUUGUGUAAGAUAGGACUCCCUGUGUUUCCUGAAGGUUUUUCUACGAAGAUUUGUAUUUAAAUGUUAAGACUUUAUUUUCUCACUAUGGGUGUACCUUAUUUGAAAGUUUAAAUAUAUUUUAAAUAUCCUAUGGGGAGGUAUAAUGCUGAUGUGUAUUCAGAGUGUUGUAGUUUUAAGAUUAGCUUGACUUCCGUUCUGACUAAGGAUGACAUUAAUUGUUAGCUGUUGUGAAAUUAUAUAUAUAUACAUAUAUAUAUAUAAAUACAUAAAUAUAUGCCAGUCUUGGUGGGACUGUUUUAUUUACGACCGUUUUAUAUCUGUGUGGUGCUUGGUACCGGCAUGGGUUGUGGGACGAGAACUGCCCUGUCAUGCAGUUUCUGACAUUAAAUCGUAUUUGUAAACUUACAUUAAAAAAAAAAAAAAAAAAAAA